CUUUGGUGCUGUUCCCUUUUUUGUUAUUGAUAUAUAUAUAUGUUGAAGGUGGCCGGUGCUCCGGACCCGUUCGAGGCGGCAAGUGGCAACGGCGGCGUCGGAGGAAAUUUUCAGAUGCUGACGGGGACGUCUAAACGGGGCAUGGCUGGCAGGCGCAAGGUGGACCUGUCUUCCCUGAAGAGCGGCGGAACCAUGGCCGGGGGCGUCGCCCCCGGGGGUCGGGGUGAGGAUAGCGGGGGGGUACGGCGAAUCGUUGCCGAUGGACUGGGCGGUUUCACGAUCGCGACGGGGCCGGCGGCGGCGACGGCAGUGGUGCCGACAACGGUGUCUUCAGGUGGCACCCCUCUCCUCGACCUUAGUGGUGAAAGCCCGGAAAUGGCGUCGCCCCCGGAGCAAGAGCAGCAGCGCGGGUGGACCAACAACAACAAGCGCCUACGGGUUGUUGGUGGUGGCGGACGGCUCGGCGCCGCUCCUGUUUUGCCAUCGGCGGCAGCGACGACGGCGGCGGCGGACAUCCCGGCGCUUUAUCGCGAGGCGGAGGCGUGCGUCAUCGCCGGAAAAAAGAAAAAAGGCGGCGGUGGCAAAGGAGGAGCGGGAGUGGCGAACGGGAAAAAGAGCUCCUCCCAGAACAUUCAGCAGCCGAUUAGGGGUAGCGCGAAAUGGGGCGGCAAGACGAUGGCGGUAUCGAACGGCGGGGGGGGAGGGGAGCGGUCGCUGGAUGAGUUGAUGAGUGGCGGGCUCGCAGCGACUCGGAGAUGAUAAAGUGUGUUGCGGGAUUUCUCUCGUCAGUCUCUCCUUCGCGUGUCUUGGCAGCGGAGGGCAUAUGUGCAACCGUUGCUAAUAGAGCUGCAUGGCGUGCUUCUCCCCAUAUGCACGAGGGCUCGAUUUAUUUCUUGUGGAAAACCCGCUUUAUAGCUUGGCUGUUGCUUGUUGUGCAGCAUGGCGUGCUACACACCCGCGUGGGGUGAUUGCGGCUUUUGUUUACCUUCUGGGACCGCGACAGCUUGCUGACGUUCUACUCGAUGAGCGCAAAGCCUUCACGGCAGGGCGCAUGUAAGGAUGUUGUUCAACGAUGUUGCAGAUUUGCUUCCCCAUGGACGAUGGUGGGACGCGCCCCCUAGUAGGCGGCUAACGUUCCCCGGGAGUAGUGUUGGAAGGCGGGCAUUUGCUCGGUUGUGGUGUUUGUCUCGAUGGGACAAGACAGGUGGCUCCGGUUUCGUCUGGUCUUGGACGCGGCCUUGACCUUCAUCGUCUGUAAAAAUCAUGCUGUGUAUGUUAGGCUACUUCACGCGUUCAACGCCGGCUGGUUGUCUGUAACAUCACGCGCGGUGUAUCUUCGGCUACAAAGCGUGCUACACCGGCCGCUGCCGUGACCUUCUCCUACGACUAACUCCUCAAGGAAGGGUUGACUGAACAGUUUUCGAGUCUUGAGCCUAAUCUGGCUGAUUGCCUUUGAAACGUCGAAAAAGACUUGCUGCGACUUUCUGUGUGCUGGUUUGUUUAUUUUUGCUGUUCGCGGAUGGCCAGAGGGGUGGUUGGGUUGGUUGCCCAUGAUGAUUGUUAUUGUCCGUGGUGUGCUCGUUCUGCUUCGUCGCCUUGUCUGUACAACCACGUGUGGUUGGUGUAACGGUAAGCAGGGGCGCAAGUUAUGCUUUGUUUCGCCGAAAUAUGGAGACGAACAGGUUCGAUAUAGGAGCAGCUUUUGGCGAGUUGAGGAGGUUAAUCACGCCUGGACUAAAAGUUCUCUGCUGGCCCUUAGCUGUCGUUCGCCUCGGCGUGUUGUAGUCCGAUUAUUUCCACGUGUAUGUGAGAGCGUAACGUUUUCUUCUGGAUUAGGUCGGGUAGCAUGAGAAUGUCGAGAGAGACAAGUUACGAAACACUGCGGGCUCGACGGCGAAACAAGGGAGAGCGCGCCCUCGCUCUUGCUCUCUCUUGCGUGCGUCGGCCGAAGGGUCAUAAACAAUAAUUUUUCGUCUUAUC